AUGAUAUUUCCUCAUUUGGACGGCAAUCUGGUCAUUAUUCACCUUUGGGUUCUUGGGGAGACUGAUCCUACAUAUUAUAUAAUUCAGGACUCGCAGAUUAAUAGGGCAGCAUGUAUUGUAGACACAUCUUUUUUCUCUGAAAUUGAACAACCUCAACCAUCAAUAAUCUCAAGUGGAGAAAGGUUAAAACGUAUUGAGAAUAAUGUUUAUAGUAUACCUUAUGAAAGAGCUGGUUGUAUGCUCCCCAAUCAUAACACUAGUACUCAAAGAAUUAUAAAAACUAGGACCAUCGCAGCUGGUCUUCAAGCAAAAAUUGUAUUAUGGUAG